CAUAGUCAUGCAGUCCAGAGGCGCAGGUAUCCAGGAAGUUGAAGAAAUCUAUAAGAAAGAGGAAGAAAAAACUAGAGAACAAUUGAGAAAAAUUGAAUCCCAAUGUGGAGUUAUGAUGUGUAGGCAGCUCUUAGGUCCAUGGAAUUUCUCAAAAUCAACGAUUUUGAUUAACUGUGAUGCAGAAUUUCGAAAUUCGCAGUUGUUGAAGGACUUGGAGAUAUCAAAGGCUCGACUUAGAACACUGACGUCAUUCUCACCAACUGACCAGGAGCUACGUCAACAUGUAUUGGCUUACCGUGCUGCACUGACCACAACAAGAAACCGAUGAUUUUAGAUCGAUCUGGUAACUCGAGCCGAACGAACAAACUCAAUCAAAUAGUAAUUCAAAGUUUGUUGAACGUUGGGCCCGAUGAAUCAGAACAAACUGCUGGCGCUCAUCAUCCUGUCGACGAGUGGUAAUUUUUCAAAAUGAAUUAUAGAAGUUUGAAACUCGUGUCGUUGAUUUCUGCAAU